AUGGAGUUGAAGCUUGUGACAUCACAGCCACAUACAAGUGACCACAGUGUGACAUUACAGCCAAAUACAAGCACCCACAGUGUGACAUCACAGCCACAUGCAAGUGACCACAGUGUGAAAUCACAACAUACAAGUGACCACAGUGUGACAUCACAACAUACAAGUGACCACAGUGUGACAUCACAACAUACAAGCGACCACAGUGUGACAUCACAGGAACAUGCAAGUGACCACAGUGUGACAUCACAGCCACAUACAAGUGACCACAGUGUGACAUCACAGCCACAUACAAGUGACCACAGUGUGACGUCACAUCAACAUACAAGUGACCACAGUGUGACAUCACAGCCACAUACAAGUGACCACAGUGUGACAAACUGGCAGAUGAGUGUUGUGUGUUGUUCCACAUUAAUCACAGGCAUGAGAACUUCUCUAAAAGUAAUGAAGUGCUAA